AUGGCUAGAGACUACUGGGUCGAGACUUCCCCAUCUGGACAUCAGCGCUUCGUCAAGUUGAGGCGAUCUCACUCUAACCCCCACGAUGCGAGCACUCAGUCCUCCCGCGGCCGCCGGGUCGACUUUCUCGACGUUACGCGGGAGGAGUACAACUCUCUCUUGGCUCGGGAGAACGAACUGAGCAGGGAAAACGAGGCUCUCCGCCGUGAGAACCAUGCUCUCAAGGCCAACUGGAGAACCUGCCACGAAGACCUGCGGAGGUUACAGGCCCGUAUGCCCUCUUUAGAGACCACAGUUCGCAACCUCGAGCACGAGAACCACGAGCUGAGGAGGAGUUUCGACCACCAUCACCACCGGGCCAGCAACUACAGCGAAGAUGCGAUGAGGAGGCUACGGAACAAGAACACAAAGCUUGUGAAUGAGAAUGACUCGCUAUUGUCUCGUGUACGCGGCUUGGAACGAGAUAUUCGCGACGGUGUCGGCGAUCGUGCGAGGAAGCUCAUGGAGGAGAUCAGUGCCUGGAGGCGACGAUACGACAACUUGAGCUACACGGUUGAUGGGCUUCAAAACGAUCUUGCGGUGGCUACCGAUCGGAACAGACGCCUGGAGGAGGCAUGCGAACUACGAGCGCGGAACGAAAGGAAGGCCAUGAGGGAUGUCGACCGAUACAAGGCUAUUCUACGUCAGCACGGAUUGCGGUGA